AUGUCUGACACCGAGGAGGUGGUGGAGGAAUACGAGGAGGAACAGGAAGAGCAAGAGGAGGCAGUGGAGGAGGAGGAGGAGGAGGAUGGUGGAGCUGAGCCUGAAGGCGAGGCUGAGACAGAGGAGGCCAAAGCAGAAGAGGUUGGUGCCGAUGAAGAAGCCAAAGAUGCUGAAGAUGGUCCAGUAGAAGACACCAAACCCAAGCCUAGCAGGCUCUUCAUGCCCAACCUGGUGCCUCCCAAGAUCCCCGAUGGCGAGAGAGUGGACUUUGAUGACAUCCACAGGAAGCGCAUGGAGAAGGACCUGAACGAGCUGCAGACUCUGAUCGAGGCUCACUUCGAGAACAGGAAGAAGGAGGAAGAGGAACUGAUUUCUCUCAAAGACAGGAUCGAAAAGCGUCGGGCAGAGCGGGCCGAGCAGCAGCGCAUUCGCAAUGAGCGGGAGAAGGAAAGGCAGAACCGCCUGGCUGAAGAAAGGGCCCGGCGUGAGGAGGAGGAGAACAGGAGGAAGGCUGAGGAUGAGGCCCGGAAGAAGAAGGCUCUGUCCAACAUGAUGCACUUUGGAGGAUACAUCCAGAAGACAGAGCGGAAGAGUGGGAAGAGACAGACAGAGCGAGAGAAGAAGAAGAAGAUUCUGGCAGAGAGAAGGAAGGUGCUGGCCAUCGACCACCUGAAUGAAGACCAGCUGAGAGAGAAGGCCAAGGAGCUAUGGCAGAGUAUCCACAGCCUGGAGGCCGAGAAGUUCGACCUGCAGGAGAAGUUCAAGCAGCAGAAAUACGAAAUUAAUGUUCUGCGAAACCGGAUCAAUGACAACCAGAAAGUCUCCAAAACCCGUGGGAAGGCCAAAGUCACCGGGCGUUGGAAAUAGAUGAAAUUGUUCUCGGCAAAGCUCUGCCCCUUGCCCGGU